AUGGCGUCCGCGGCCGACCGAUUGAACAUAUCCUCCCAGCUCGAACACCUUCAGAGUCGACACGUCGGCACCGGACACGCCGACGCGACGCGACACGAGUGGGCGGUGAACAUUCAUCGAGACUCGUACGCGUCCUACGUCGGACAUCACGCGAUGGCGUCGUACUUCGCCGUCGCGAACGGUGAGAGCGUGGGUCGGACGAAGUAUGAGUUCACGCAGAAGAUGUUACUUCCGUGUGGACUCCCGCCGGAGCUCGAGGAGGAGUAG